AUGCAGCGAGCCCCGGUGCUUCUGCUGCUGCUGCUGAGCCUGAGACUACAGCUGGCCCAUGGUGUCAUCCCAGUGGAGGAGGAGAAUCCAGCCUUCUGGAACCAGAAAGCCUCAGAGGCCCUGGAUGCCGCCAAGAAACUGAAGCCCAUUCAGACCUCAGCCAAGAACCUCAUCAUCUUCCUGGGAGACGGGAUGGGCGUGUCCACAGUGACAGCCACCCGGAUCCUAAAGGGACAGGGGCAAGGCAAGCUGGGACCCGAGACACCCCUGGCCAUGGACCACUUCCCAUAUAUGGCUCUGUCCAAGACAUACAACGUGGACAGACAGGUGCCAGACAGCGCUGGCACAGCCACAGCCUUCCUGUGUGGGGUCAAGGCCAACUACAAGACCAUUGGCUUGAGCGCAGCCGCCCGCUUUGACCAGUGCAACACAACACGAGGCAACGAGGUCAUGUCUGUGAUGUACCGGGCCAAGCAAGCAGGGAAGUCCGUGGGAGUGGUGACCACCACCACGGUGCAGCAUGCCUCGCCAGCUGGCACAUAUGCACACACGGUGAACCGCAACUGGUACUCAGAUGCAGACAUGCCAGCCUCGGCGCUGCAGGAGGGCUGCCAGGACAUCGCCAUGCAGCUCAUCUCCAAUAUGGACAUUGAC